GCAGAGAUAUCUUUGACUGAAAUAAUUGUAGUGAAGUAAUUUGUCUUGGUUAUGCCAAUGCCAAUGGCCUCUUACUCGUGCUACGAUAGGGUUGUUUUUGGGUAACUCCAAGUAACUCGAUGCAAGAGCCUCUUCACACACUAUUUUCAAAAUGCAUCGCUAUUUCACUUCUGGGGUGAUUAUACUUGUUGCCGCAAUUCUAAUUCAUUUUCUUGGCAUCACCAAGCUGCUGCUUCUCACCAGUCAAAUUGGACUGAUAGUGGUCGCGGGAAUUCUUGGUGCAGUAGUAGCGUUACGCACCGGUCGGCAACGAACAUGGCGAGAUUUCUCUGCUCCUCAGUUUGGUUUCAUCUCCCAUUCUAUGUCAAAAACUCCUCUCUAUCGACCAAAGCGGUUGCAACCAUCACUCAAAUCGAGAGUGUUAGAUAAAGCUAUACAUGAAUUGCUGGAGCUGCUAUUACGCGACUACCUACUAACUUGGUACAAUGACAUCGGAAAGGAUCAAGAAGGCUUGAAACGCCAGCUACUGGAGAAUUUGCUCUUUGCAAUUGAGAAGCUGGCAGAGCGCGGCAGUGCCGUGGACUGGGUUAAACUGCUGAUGGAUGACACGGUUGUCCGCUUGACUCGCCACUUUCAAGAUAUGAAGAAUUUCCAUAAUAGUCUGCCACCACCUGGAAGUGACGUUGCAGGUUUUGUUGCUCACCCGUGUAUCAAGAGUGAAGCUGCAGAAAUCACUUUCCUACGGCAUGCGUCAGAUGUGUUGCUGUUCACAUUGCUACCAGAAAGCCAUGUCCAAUGCUCCAGUAUGCGUGGUCUACUGCGUGAGCUGAUUGUUUUCAAAGUCCUACGGCCUCUUGUGGAUGGUUUAUGUGAUCCUGAUUAUAUCAAUCAAACACUGCUCAACUACUUGACAUAUCGUGAAAGCCUCUCGAAGAAGGCCAACAUGCCCGGUUCUGGAUACCGAUAUGCCGCUACCUAUGAAGAUUUUAUCAAGUUUAUAACUGAAUGCCGAGAUCGCGCCCAGCUGGAAGGAAUCCGAUACCAUGUCAUAUCUGAGAUCAUGUUGAUCACAGCAGCAUUGAACUUCUACAGCUCCUCUAAAAGCAUGAGUGCUGAAGAACGUCAAGCCUUGGAGAGUCUUGUUUUGUCACGCGAUAGGUUUGCACGCAUGAAAGAUCGCAAUCUGAAGAGAUACUUCAACAAUUGUCAAGUUGCUAUGUCACAUUGUGACAAGAGGCUGAAGUUCUUGGGUGGUGCAGCUGAGGAGGAAGCAGCUGGUUCUUCCAAGAAACGUGCGUCUUUCAGUAAGAAUCCAUCAAAGGCAGCUGCACGUCGCCAGACAGGCAAUGUCAGAAUGAUGACCUUCAAGGAAGUCAUGGAAACAGAAUCUGCGUUUGCCCAAUUCAUUCAAUUUCUCCAGCGCAAAGGCUCUGCUGCUCCUCUCUUCUUUGUUGCGUCUGUGGAGGAAUUGAAGCUUGUGGACAUGGCUGACUUGCCACCCAUGGCAAAGUCGGUGUACGAUAGCCACUUGCGUGCUGAUGCACCCGACUAUGUUGAAAUUGACAAGCAGCUUCUUCGUGAUAUUGAAGGUUACAUCCAAGGCACUCAGGGCCCCAAUGGAUUGUUCGGUGCUCUGGAUCAGGUUCUGGACUUUGUACACAAGGAGCACUAUGAAGAUUUCUUGCUGAGUGAUCUCUACUACACAUACAUCACUGCUGAAGGUGCAGAGGAAAAAGAAGAUCCUACCUCGUUGACAGCACAAGCUCAAAUCAUGAGUACCUCGCCACAAACAGGAUAUGACUAUGGCCGUGCUUCACUUGAAGUCAAGAAGGACUUGCUACGAGUCAAGCAAGCUGAGCUAGUUGAGGCACAGCAUGGUACAAAGACGACAGUUGCAAGUCCCUCAUACAUUCGUAUGGAGCAAGAGGUUGAGACUAUGCGCCAUGAUAUUCAAGUUCUGGAAACGCAUUUAGAACGGCAAGAUCUGUGGUUUGAAAGGAUGGGUAAUUGGCAUGUUCAAGUUGACUGUGCUGAGAUGACCAAUGACAAGGGCAAGAUGGUUCCAUUAAUGACGUUGAUGGUUUCACGAUCAGUGGGUGUUGAUCGACCCAAUUCUCCCCCAGCAAGUACAGACGAAGAGAAGGCUUUACGGGAGGGUGAGGAAGAAGGAUGGGUGGUGCAUCGGUUCCUGACGGAGUUUCAGCAGCUACACCGCGCUCUUAGGGUGGGUGCUAGCCGCGUUCUGAGUACUGAUGUGUUGAUGAAGGACUUGCCAGUUCCGGGCAAGUCCAUAUUCCGGCAAGUUGAAGAAGAAUAUUUACGGAAAUUGUGCAGGUCAUUGCAAUCUUACUUGCAGGCAUUGCUGACAGACGAGAUUCUGCAAAGUAGUGAAGAAUUGUAUCGCUUCUUGUGUCGCGGUAUGGUUGAUGAGCAGCGCAAACCCAGUUCGGGAGAUUCAUCUUCCAGCUUUUCCAUCACCUCCUUGUUGAAGAGCUUGCCUGUUGUUGGUGGUGGUGAUGAGGAAGAUGAGGAUGGCCUUGGCUUGGAUGAGACAGAUGGACGUGAACAGAAAGACUCCAUAGCUGAGCCACUGUAUGUGUUGGUCAGCGAGCUCUUUGAACUUCAUGGUGUGUUCAAAUGGCUUCGUCGUCAGCUUAUGGUUUUCGUCCAAGUCACAUUUGGUGGAACUAUCAAUAAGCAGCUAAGGCAAACAGUACAGUGGCUACGAUCAGAAGAAAUGCUGGUGUACUACCUGCACAACUUCAGGGAUUCCUGGUGGCCGAAUGGACAGUUAGCUGCUGUCUGGCCAACUCGUAGUGAUGAGGAAAAGGCGCAAACCAAACUGGAGGCAAAGGAAAAGCUUCUGAAGAAUAUUCCUGAGGUACUCGCAAGUUUCGUUGGCCAGAAGAACAGCAGGAUCGGUGCUACAAAGAUAUUCGAAGGCUUCCAGGACGCUCGUGCCAACAAGCAGCUGUUCUAUAUCAUGUUUGAAUUGGCCAUGUUCUCCUUGUUCCCGGAACUGAAGUCGCAGAAUGUCAUCAACUCUGCCGGAGAGGCAUGAGUCUAAUUGUCAAACUUGAGCGGCAGCAGCAAUUUAAUUGCAUGCAGUAGUCAUGUGCAUGUGUGCCACGUGCUAAGGGCGGUGAGUUGAUAUCCUGUGCUAAGGGCGCUGAGUUGAUAUCCUGUGCUAAGGGCGCUGAGUUGAUAUCCUGUGCUAAGGGCGCUGAGUUGAUAUCCUGUGGCAUUUCUUACCAACUUUUCCUUUAGCUGUCUUUGCAUGGUAAAUGUAUGCUUUCUACGUGGAGGAGAUAUGAUAUGCUUUCUGAGACACUGUCUGAGACACUUGGAACCCUUUCCUGUAAACCCAACAUACUUGUCACAAUACAUACUUCGAGUACUAGUACUGUCAUCAAUCCAUGUUGGAACAAUGUCAUGAUACGUUCCACUACUGACAAAACACAUGCUGCACAAAACACAUUGUAUUUCUUUUUGUAUGUCCCGCUUUCAAAGAGUGUAACUCUUGCUUAGCCUGGUCAGUUCUUUUUAAACUGGAUCUGAUGCUGUGUAGUUUUUGUUCGUUUCUUAUGAAUUUGACUGAUUGUUUGAGACAAUGUAGGCCUUUUACUGAUUGUGUAUGAACUAUGCAAUUCUACCUUGAUCGAUAUAUACCUAUUCUACAGACGUCCGCAGCUGGUUUCUGCCUAUUGUCCUAAUAAUACGCUUCAUACAAUUUACAAUUUACAAUUUGUUCUUUGGUUUUGCAAUAUGUUGUUCAUUCCAAGUCUCUUACUUGAAGUACCUCCGAGUCGCCAGAUUGUUAUCACAGUGUCUACAGUCUAUCAGUCUACCUGUCUUUGCCUUCACUGGUGUCUCAACAAUGAAUAUCACUGAUUUUAUUUACAAAGUGGAAAGGCGUAAGCCAAGGUCUGCA